CCCACAAGCAAUGAGUGGCGUCAUGUGAGUUCUUAGAGACUCCAUAAAAUUACAAAAACAACACAACAAAAGUCUUUAUGCUCUCUUUCUCUUCCAUUCCUCUCUCUCUCUUUCUACUACUUAUUAUCAGAGCCUGAUUAUUGGAGAGAGAAGAAGAAAGGAAGCCAUUUUCAGUUUCACUUUCCAUAACAAGCCAAAGCCAUAACCAGAGGAACAAGGAACAAGGAAGACAAAGGUGGUUGUGUUUAUAGGGAGAAGAUCAAUUUACAGAUUAUAAGGUUUGUGUUGUUGUGUUGUGGAGGAAGAAGAAGAAGAAGAUGAUGAAGAGAGAGAAGAAAUAAAAGAGAUAGAAAGAGGGACACAGUAAAAACCAAAACUUUUUCUUCCUGUGAAAAAAGCCAAAGUGACAGUAGUAGUAGUAGCCACAAUAGCAGCAGCAGAAGCAGAAACAGAAGAAGCAGAGAAGUUGUUCGUUUUCCCUUCCUUUUCAUAGAGAGAGAAAAAUCUAAGUUUACUCAACUCUCAUCCCCCAACAAACAACAAGAUCUCUCAUCUCUUUCUCACCAACAAACUCCAUCAAAAGAGAACUUCUCUUUUCCUCCACCAACAAAUUCUUUCCCUGCCACACAGACCCCACACCGAGAAGAAUAACACCCGCAUUAGAUACACCCUCAUAUAUACACAACAUAUAAAUACAUACUCUCACACUCACACACAACAUACCUGUUACAAGAUCUAUGUUUCAUCAUCUUCUUCGAUAGUUCUGUGCUUCCCACGCACCAUACAUCCUACCCUCAUCAACACUGUAUAAUUUUUUUAUUUUAUUGUCUUUCAUCUGAGAAAUCAAGCACUUUCAGUUGUGGCUACUACAAGGAGGUUACCUUCAGAUUCUGGUGCCUUUGCGGACUGGGCAGCGACUGCUUCCUCCGCCGCUGCUGCUGCUGGCCGUGCUGUCCCCGUGGACGACCUCUCCCUUGGUUUCAAUGCUGGUCCUGCCGCCCCAGCAGCCGCCACCGGACAAACCACCGGAAUGUGGUCCGGCGCCAGCAGGUCGAUCAAUUACCCCGAAAUGGGAAUGUUCGUGGUGGCGCCAGCCUCGUCCUUCCACCACCAUCACCACCACCAGCAACAGCCCCCGCACGACCCCGUCAUGGCAGAUUCCCUCAACCCCGCCACUGCACUCGGCGUCGGCGUCAUCCCUCUUCUUGCCGCCACGCCGUGUCUGGAAUCCGACAACUUUCUCGGAAACAGGUCACGUGGUGGGGGAAUUCAGUUUUGGCAAGACCAAGGGCCCCAUCAGAGCCACUACAUGAAGAAGCAGCAGCAGGGGCUUCUCGACCAAAGUAACACGAGUUCUGGAAAUUUGGUUCAAACCAGUGGCGGCUUAACUGCUUCGGGUACCAGUAGUGGGGGAACUACGUGCCAGGAUUGCGGAAACCAGGCCAAGAAAGAUUGUACCAAUAGAAGGUGUAGGACUUGCUGCAAAAGUCGAGGUUUCGAUUGCCCUACCCAUGUUAAGAGCACAUGGGUCCCCGCCGCACGCCGGAGAGAGCGCCAGCUCAUGACUGCGGCCACUGCGGCGGUCGCUGGCUCCAGUGGCUCCACCUCCGGGACUAAAAAACCUAGGCUCAUUGCUUCGCAAACCACUACAACAUCUCACACUUCCACCUCCAACACCACCCCUCCCAGAAGCUUCGACACAAGCUCUAGCCAUCAAGAUGCGGGGUUCAAGGAGUCUUUACCUGGGCAAGUACGUGCACCGGCGGUUUUCAAGUGUGUUAGAGUGACGGCGGUGGAGGACGGGCAAGACGAGUACGCGUACCAGGCUGUGGUGAAGAUCGGUGGGCACGUGUUCAAAGGGUUUCUGUAUGAUCAAGGGGUGGAGAAUAGGGAUGUGUAUCCAAACCUAUCGGAGUUGCAUUUGGGUGGUGGAAACGGCGGAAGUGGGAGCGGAGGGAGUGGUGGGGUGGGGAGAAAUGGGGUUUCUUCUUCUUCUCCGAUGAUGGAUCCUUCUGAUGUUUAUGCAGGUUCGGGUGGAGGGUUACUUGGGGGUUCUUCUGCUUAUGGUAAUCCAAUGAACUGAACUUAAAGGGUCUUUCCAAGUGCAAGAAGAUAUUAGUACACACGGGCUUGGAGUGGCUGACGUAGGUUGUGGUUCAAAAUCUUUAAUUUUCUUCUAGGAUUUUGUAUCUCUAUUGCGCAUGUUACUCUUUCUUGCUGCUAUUUUUCAACUUGUUUUUAGUUCUCUAUUCUUUCUCGCCCAAUUUGGCCACUGUCAUUGCAUGAGAUCAUCAUGGAAUGUCAAGCCUGCCUCACUCUAUCUAACUGUUAAACAAAUAGUUUCUUUAUGUACUAAAUUAACUCAAAAUGGAAACAAAAGGUGGAUAAAACUUGUUUUACUCGGUUCACCAUUUUAA